UUAAAUUGCAGCGGACAGUUCGACAGGCGUUCUUCCUUUCCAUCAUCUGUCUCCACUCUGCGGUGUUCUCGACCCGGAGCCUGCAGACACUGUGCAAAGCACGGCAGUCGAGUUUCUUUUGCCGUCGUAGAACGCUUCCACAUGUUUUUCAGGGCUUCCUACACAGUUUUUGCCAGUCUCUCUCCAUUCCCCGUGCUCCUUCUCUCUUUUUCGACGGCCUCUCGAGCCUGAAAACCUAUUCCUCACACCCAGCAUCUGGCGGGUGUUUCCUGUUUCUUUUUUCGGAGACGGGGCGUACCCUCGAGUUUCCUUGUUGCCUCUACUUGUCCUCGCGGCGAAACUCCUUCUUACUUCACUCGUGGAGACUGGCCAGAUGCUGGGAAAGAGGGAGAAGAUUCGAAAAACGCAGCAGAGGAGUUGACGACUCAAAAUCAGUUGAGGUCGCUCGCGCGGUCGACCGGCCGUGUGCUUCGCCGCACUGCAUGGCCGCAAUGGAGAAGGGGAUUUCGUAGGUUUCUAGAGGAAUUGUCGAAAGAAGGCGUCAUAGCAGACAAGAGUUUUUUUGUCGACUCUCCAGACGCUGUGUUUCUUCUUGUGGGUGGUGUUACCGGGGUCGAAUUGGAUUCACGGGCGGCGGAUUCUCGUCGAGUAUCCUUCUUUCUUCUGAGCGUUCGUCUCUCUGUGUCCGAGCGCCCUUUCAUCAGGCCUUGCGAGGGAGCGGACCGGUUUUCCAGAGUUUCUGAAUUGUUCGCGGCGUUCCCAAGGAAGCCGCUCACUGGUCCUAAGUUGCCUGCGCGUUUUGCUUCGUCAAGCGAAGGGCCGUCUGUCUAGACCGAUCGUGAACUCAAGAGCGACCGCCAGUUGGUGCCGCCCACAAACUGCGUUUCGUCUGGGGUGUCUGGGCGUCCUCGCGUCCUCGGCGGAAGAGCCGCUUCAGAAGCUGCAGAGUCCAUGUCGCUUUUCGCUCGGCGGAACGUGAAGAAGAGCAGCAGCCGGAAGGCGGCGCUGUUGGAGGAGGAUGAACCGGGAAGUGGAGUGGACAACGCAGAAGACAGCGGCCGACUUUCUUCGAUAAGUUUCGGCGCGCGAACGUCUGCUCCAGUUUCUUCUUUUGUCUCUUCGGACUUGUCCUCCGGGUCUUCGAGAAAUGCUUCGGAAAACGCGGUCCCUGCCUCAGCUGCCGCGCUGGCUGCGGCAAACCAAAUCCGCGAGCAAGCCGCGGUGGCUGCUGCACGGUCGCAUGCGUCGUCUGCCGUCGCGGCUCGAGCGUCUUUGAGUUUCUCCUUGACAGACGGUUCUCACUCCAGUUCCUCCGGCCUUGGCGCAGACGCCUUCGACGCUACACACGCACCCAACAACGACGCCGGAACUGUCUCCGGCCGCUUGAGCCACUCUGGGCGAGCGGCCGCGGGUGGAUGUACACCUCGAGGCGCGGCUCAGGGGACUUGCCAGGGUGAGGAGGCCUCGCGGCGGCCGGCGGGGGGCGCGGGUCGCGGCGGUUUGAGUUUCUCUGGACUGGACGACGAGGCGGACGACGACGGCUUUUUCCAAGUGAAGAAGAGCAAAGCGAGUAAGCGACUUCAGCGGGAGAAGGAGCGCGAGUCACGCUCGGACAACCUGGACCGAUUUGAGAGGGGCAAAACAGCACCGUGCGCGAGCCCCGAGAAGGUCCGCGGUGCUCCAUCGAGCGAGUCUGGAAAGAGUAAGCUGGUGCUGCAGGCGACCGGUCUGCGCCUCUUGGUUAACCAGACACACCGGCAGCGGCCGCAGUUCUCUGAAGAGGCGGGAGACGGCGCCCGUGGGUCUUCGAAGAGCGAGCGCGGAAAGAGUCUUUCCGACGAGCCGCGAGGCGGCGGGUCUUCCCGCGUCUCCUCUCAGAAGCCGGCGCCUUCUGCGGCUGGAUCCCUCAAAGCCGAAGAGACGCCGGACCGGCGCGAUGGCGACGCCUGCUGGAAGGGAGGGAGACCUGCGCUGGCGCCUGGCGCCGCCGCCGCGGAGAAGAUUCUGUCGCUCGCGGAGCUGGAGGAGGCUGAGGCCCGGCAGAGGUCGGGGCGCGUCGAAACGGACGCGAGUUGCGGGGUGCCGGCGAGUCGCGACGGGGACGAAGACGACGUUGCGUCGAUGGCCAGGCUCGCGCGGGCGCAGAGACAGCGCGCGCGGAUGAUCGAGAAGGGAGAACUGAUUCCUGCAGAUUCGGCCGCGGCGCUGACGGGAGAGUGGGGCACCGCCGUCAGACUGAAGAAGCGCCAGCAGCAGCAACUCGAGACGCUGCGGUCGUGGCGAGACGACGGCUGCGAGGAAGCAGAGGACGGGGACGAGGAGGAGCCGAGACGCGAGAGCGAUGACGAGGGAGAUGAAGAAGAAGACCCUGCUCUACGGCUGAAGGAGCAACUCCAGCUUCUGAAGGUCCAGGAACGGCAGCACGGUGUGGGGCGGCCGGGGGAGAACGAAGAGGAAGAAGCCUGGGAGGCCUGGGAGCGAGAAAAAAUCCUCAAGGGCGCGGGAAGGAAACACUUGCUGCGGCAACAACAACUCUUCGAGAGACGCCAACAAGAGCAACAGGAGUACCUUCAACAGCAGGUGUACCUCCAGCAGCAGGGGGGCUGGACGCCCGCAGACGCGCUUCAGCAACUGAACCUCCUCCAGCAGCAGCAGCGCCACCAGCAACGGCUGUUGAACCAACUCGCGAACCCCCAGGACAGCCACUCGGAGCAGUCCUCCGAACCUCUCGCCGCGUCCACCGCGGCGGGCCUGGUGGAGGCGCCAACGAGCGCGGCGUGGCUGAAAGAAGUGUGGGGCGUUGACGGGGCAAAUGCACAGGCUCGCGCCGCCCUCGCCUGGCUGAAGGAAGAGGCGCAGCAGCUGCGUCUCCUCGAGGUAGCCGAGGAAGAGCAGAAGGAGGAGCGCCGGCGCCAGCGGGCGAACGCGGCUGAGAAGCUGCGCCUGUUGGAGGUGCGGCAGCUGGGCGUGGGGAAGCGCAUGGACGACUUGCAGGACUUUCUGAUUUUCGUCGAGGACCUGGCGGGGUUCAUUUUGGCGAAGGAAGGCGCAGUUCAGCAGGCGCAGGCGACGAUCGAGGAGAUGGAGCGCGAGGUCGCGGACAAGAAGUUCGAGAGACGGCUUCUGGAGUUCGACGACUGUCGCCGCGAAGCCUUCAGAAGAACGAGACCUGGACAAGACGCGACCGACUCCGACAGUUCCAGCGACGACGAACGCGAUGAGUUUGGUCGCAGCCGCAAGUACACGCAGAAGCUGCAACGCAGCGACCGCGCAAAAGCCAGACGCGCCAGGCGCUUGGCAAGGCGACAGUCUUCCGAAAAAGGAGCUUCCCAUGAGGCCCUCAGAGAGACAACUGCCUCUCCAGCUGCUGUGCGUAUGCAGCGCAUUCGCCAGGGCGCGACCCGCGCCGGAAGAGACACCGUAGGGCCGGUGCAGGGUCCUGCGGGGCAGGAGGGCCUGUGGGGUGUGCUGGGGGAGACCCUCGGGGACGGCUGGGCGACGAGCGAGGACGAAGAAGACGGCGUCGGCCGGUUGCGGAGAGACAGAAGCAAGUUUAGCGCAGCCGCGUCGGAGGUCAUGGAGGAUGUGGCAGAGGCCUUUGUGUCGGUCGCGGCGGUUUUGGAGGAAGUCGAGAAAAUGAAGAAAUGGUGCGGCGCCGAGUUCGCUGCACUGCGGAUCCUCGAACAAGUCCCAGACAUGAUCAAGACGCAGGUGCGGUGGCAACUUCUUUGGUGGAACCCACUGGCGAUCGCGGACGAGUUGGCGAAGAACGAGGCCAGGGGCGACAAGACUCGCGCCUGGGUCUCUGAAGCCUCGCUGGAAAACUUCGACUGGUUCCUCGAGCUCGGCCUCUUCAUCGACAAAUUGGACGAACUGUCCGGCGCGCCCCUGCCACAGUCUGCCUCUUCAGAAAAGGUUAGACAACCGACGUCGGCGACAGGCAAAGAAGGAGAAGAAGGAAGCGAAAAGGUUUCUGGAGAAACCUGCGAUCCAAGCACAGUCAUGUCGGAAGUCGUGAAACAGUGCGUCGUGCCUCGCGCGGCAGCUGCACUCAAGUGUACAGACAUCACGUCGUUCGCUUCCGUGAAUCGCGCUGCUCAACUUCUUGGAGAGCUGCUGCUGUUCAGAGAUGAAAACUCUCUGCCUCACCUCACGAAAGUUCUCCAGGACUUUGUGGCCUUCGUCGUGGCACAAGUCUCGGCUCUUUUGCCGGCAGAUUUUGUCAAACAAGUCGUCGCAGACGUCCCUCAGUUUCCUCCCUCGCCUCAGGGCUGCGGCGGAGAGGUGACGCAGGACGAGGCGGCUACGAAGAAGGAACUCGUGGAACUGUUUCUCCAUCGAGCCUUGAAGAUCGCAGGUUGCUGCGCGUGCUUCAUGGACAUUCUCAGCGACUCGCUUCUCCUCCACAUUUGCAUGCAGGAGAUCUUCGUGGACCGCGUGAAGCCGCUGCUGCCGACCUUGCCGCCGUCAGAACAGCUGGUGGUGCUCGGCGCCUUCAUUCACCUCCUGCCGCUGCGCUGGGUGCUUCAACUGCAAGAAGAAUCGCCUGGAGAGAGCGGCGCGACUCCUCGCAUGCAACAGCUGCUGGGGGCUGUUGUGGCGCUCGGCGAGGCGGUCGUCGACGAAGCGGAGCAGGCAGAAGUAUUGCUGCUCCUGAAGAAGCUUUCUCCUCAAGAGGAAGCAGAAAAGAUUCAACGCGUCUUCGAACAGCGUCACGGCCAGCGACUCAGCCAGCAGUGACUGCGAGCGUCGAGACGAACUGCAGCGCGAAUCUGGAAGUUGCCUUCUUCACAAAACGAAAUCAGACGCGAGCGUUGCCGUGUUGAACGCAUCCAGAUGUCGACCCAAGAAGUUCGUUACAAUGCAUAGAUGGCUCCGCGGAUCCGGCGAGCGUGUGUCUUCUGUUUUCUGUUUUCUGCAAGCACUGAGUGCAAGCAGCUUGGAUGCGACCAGUUGUUCUCUCUGUCCAGUCGAGGCGCUGAUGUCGUCCUCACCUCUCAAGAAACAGAUUCCUUCAAGAAGGACGUUCUUUUUUAGCUGGGCGCCCGAACUCAGGGAGCAGGCGCAAGUAACGCACCCGAGACACAACUUUGUGAAACGAAGUCGGACAGAUUUUACUGCCGGCGCGGAUGACUCGAUCCAGAAGCAGCGCCGUGUCGUAAUCCUUUGCUCAGAGUUUGGAUGGAGAAAUUCUCGUUCCGGCCUUUAGCUUUUCACCAUGGACAGACAACGUUUUUGCGUCGGCGCGUUCUUAUGCUAGGCCUUACCGACUGCAAGAGGUGACUUGAGUACGAUUCUCUUGGAAUUCCCUGAAAAUGGAAAGAGAUGUGACUAUUUGGACUCUGGGCAUUAGAGAAGUCUUCCAGCAUCAAGUCUGG